AUUUUAAAUUAUUGAAAAGUCUUGUUUCCAUUCUGCACAAAAGCGUCUUAAUUUUUAGAGAACCUUGUUUCAAUCAACUUAUUCAAUUUUUCACAAAAUGCCUAAGCCAACCAAGAAAUUGUCUUCACAAGAACAAGCACAACAAUCGGAUCCUGUUUGCCUGAAUUUCCAUGAUAUUAUCCUUCGCACAAAAGAUAUUAACAUAUUGAAAGGUCCACAUUGGCUAAAUGAUCAAAUAAUAGCUUUCUAUUUUGCAUAUCUUAAAAAAUUGAAGUAUAAAAACAAUUCGGAAGUACUUUUUGUAGCGCCAGCAGUGACCCAGUGCAUGAAGUUUAUAAGCCAGGAAGAAUUAACAACCAUGUUAAAUGACCUGAAUGCCGGUUCUAAAAUGUUUAUAUUGUUCGCAUUGAAUGACAAUAUAACGGCUCAUGCUGGAGGUAGCCACUGGUCAUUGCUGGCGUUAUCCAGGCCAGAAAGAACAUUCUACCAUUUUGAUUCCUUCUGUGAUCAAAACGGCGGUGCGGCCAGUCAAUUAAUGCACCAAGUCAAAGCUGCAAUGAACUAUAAAAGAUUUAGAUUGAAGCCAAUGAAAUGUUUGCAGCAAACAAACACCUAUGAUUGUGGAAUACACCUACUAUGUAUGGCUGAAAAAAUCGUUGACUAUGUUAACAUAUUCAAAUGUAUAGACGGCGUGGGUCAGUUGAAACAAGAAACUGUGGAUGGUAAACGUGCUAAGUUGUUAAAAUUAAUCGUUACUUUGGGUGGAAAACACGUUUCAGUUUAAUUUCUCCACUUAUCUUUAUAUGUUACUUAUAAUAUUCUUGGAAAUCGAAAUAAAUACAAAUUGUUGUUAUUAGGAGCAAUAAUUAAA